AUGAAGAUCUCGUACUUGUCUGUUGGGCUCCUCGCCCUCUUCAGCCCCUUGGCAGCCGCCUGGAGCAAAGAAGAUCGCGAAAUCUUUCGCAUUCGGGAUGAGAUCGCAAAGUAUGAGACCGACCCUGCUGCCAACUUCUACGACAUCCUCGGCGUCCCUCCCUCUGCCUCGCUCGAUGAUAUUACCAAGGCCUAUCGCAAGCAGACCCGAAAUCUGCACCCGGACAAGGUCAGACAGGGAAUGCGAUCCAAGGCUGCAAAGGACAAGAAGGCUGGCGCAAAGACGAAGCCUCCUACCAAUGCUGAGAUCAAGGCUGCUGUAAAGAAGGCCGGCGAGGCUCAGGCUCGUCUCUCCCUCAUCGCCAACAUCCUUCGUGGCCCCGAGCGCGACCGAUACGACCAUUUCCUCUCCAAUGGCUUCCCUCUCUGGAAGGGCACCGAUUACUACUACAACCGAUAUCGCCCCGGCCUGGGCACGGUUAUCGUUGGUCUUUUCCUCGUUGUGGGUGGUGGUUUCCACUACCUCACUCUGUACAUGAGCUGGAAGCGACAGAAGGAGUUUGUCGAGCGCUACAUCAAGUUCGCCCGCGACACCGCUUGGGGUGGUGGUCUUAACAUCCCUGGCGUCGACGCAGCUCCCGCUCCAGCCCCUGCUGCAUCUCCCGCGCCCGCUAGCGACGAGGAAGAGGCUCCCCCUCUGCCCCAGAACCGACGAGAGCGCCGUAUGCAGGAGAAGGCGGCCAAGCGCGAUGGUGCUCGACCUGCUAAGAAGACACGCCGUGCUCCUCAGGCUUCCUCUGGAACUGCUACUCCUACCCCUGCUGCUGGACCUACUGGUGCUCGCAAGCGAGUUGUUGCUGAGAAUGGCAAGAUCCUUGUCGUUGACUCCCUUGGUGAUGUUUACCUCGAGGGAGAGGAUGAGGAGGGCGAGGUCCACGAGUUCCUCCUUGACCCCAACGAGCUUGCCAAGCCCACCAUCAAGGACACCGCAGUCUUCCGCGCACCCAUCUUCCUGUUCAACAUCACUGCUGGUCGCUUCCUUUCCAAGAAGCCCACCGACCUCGAGAUCGAGAUCCCUGCCGAGGACGAGGACUCUGAUGUUCCCCAGCCCACCCCCAGCACCGACUCCGCCGGCGAGGACUUUGAGCUUCUUGACAAGAGCACUGAUUCUCUCACCAAGGCCAAGGCAUCUGGCGCUUCGCAGGGCAAGGCUAACAAGCGCAAGGGCAAGAAGAGGUAA